AUGUCGGCAAACUUGUCUCAUAUUUCUCUUCCAAGACACGAUGAUGACGAGAAAGAGAUUCGGAGACUACUUGCAGAGGGAGAUGAGAAAAAUGAUAGAGAGAUAGCGCUUGUGCGAGCUCGGGUGCGAGCGAAAGCACGCGAGCUCCAGCAAAAGAGGGAGACUGCAGCGGCAAGGAAGGCAGCGGUGGUGGUGAAGGAGGAAAUGAUGAAGGUCCGUCCUGGGCACAUCACAGUUGAGGAUGGCGACCAGCGUGCCCUCGCCUUCUUGGAGAAGGAGCUGCGCACCAUCGUCGCUGCGCUGCGCCAGCUUGCCGUGUCGGCAGUGCUAGGGCAGGAACAGGACCAUCAUAUUGACCCCAUCAAGGACCAGCUGGCGCACCUGAGAGACCUCGCCGACCGGAUACAGGGCAUCCUCAACGCUGGCCGCGCUCCCCGUCGGGCUGCAGAGCUUCCGGAGCUGAACCUCGCCUGGAUAGAACAGCUCCUGCUGGCUGACGGUUUUGCUGGUGGUCAUACUCAUACAGUUGGUGGCUCAGAUAUGAGGAUGACUGUUCUGCCAAGCAAGCAUAAUGACAACCACCCUGAGCUGCUGCUGCAGCCUGAGCCUGAGCCUGGCUGCAAAGGAAACCCCCAUCUUAUUGGCAUCGACGGCCCGAGCAAGAAGUUGCUCAGAUGGCUGGUCUCAGCCGCCAAUGGCGAGCAAGACGAGAACAGCACCCUGAGAGUCAUCUCAAUCGUUGGGCCUGCCGGUGUGGGCAAGACGACGCUGGCCAUGGAGCUGUACCGCCGAACAGGGGAGCAACACUUUCAGUGCCAUGCUGUGGCAAGGAUGUCUCGGCAGCCGCCUGACACCGGCAAGCUUCUCAAGCACAUCAUGUCACAAAUCAUCGAUUCAGCAGCACCAGAGACGCCCAAAUGCUCAGAGACCAUAGCCGCGUUGGAGGGUGACGAGCACGAGCUGGCGUACGAUCUGAAGAAAUUCCUCGAAGAUAAGAGGUAUCUCAUUUUAAUUGACGACCUGUGGAGAGAGACGGAUUGGGAGAUCAUCCAGGACGCUUUCCCACAUAACAAAUGUGGCAGCCGGAUACUGAUAACGACCCGUGUUAGAAGCAUAGCUCGCUCGUGUUCUUCUGACAAGGAUGGGCAUCCCAACUCGCGAAAAAGAUGGGGCAGAGACGGGCUUCUGCAUGAGGUGAAGCCUCUGGGCGAACUAGAUUCUGAACGGCUGUUCUCUAGGGUAGCCUUUGGCUCUGGGGGCAGCUGCCCAUCCGACCAUUUCAGGCAGGCUUCAGAUGAGAUCCUAAGGAGGUGUGCUGGCAUACCGUUGUUCAUCAUUGUGGUGGCUGGCUUCAUCUCCACCUCCACGAGACAAAAUCAAGCAGAUGGGUUGGACAAGACGGCAACAUGUUGGCUGGAACAAAUCCCUGAACUCAUACUGGCAGAAGAGGCACUGUCUCCGAGCUUUGACGAUCUUCCUAACGAGCUCAAGCUUCUUUCCCUAUACAUGAGCACGUUACCUAGGGGCUACAUAAUUGACAGGCACCGCCUCAUCAGGAAAUGGGGAGCCGAAGGGCUGAUUGCACCUGACAUGUGGACAGCACCUGAUGAAAUGGCAGAAGAGCACUUUAGCAAGCUUCUCGAUAGGGGCAUCAUUAGGCCAAUGGACCGCGGAUAUGCUUCUGAGGUGGUAGACUGCUACCAGGUAGAUCAUUUUAUGCACCUGUUCCUUGCCUCCGUAUCGGCACACAAGAACUUGGCCAUGAUGAGCCAAACUAUCAACUUUAAGGCCCUGGCGGCAGCUGAAGGUGACAACGAGGCAUGGAAACUUCAACGGCUGUCCCUCCACCAUCCCGAUCCAGAGCUUCCACUGAUGCUAGAAAGAAUGGACUUUUCUCACACCCGUUCACUGAAAGUCUCCGGUGUGGCAAACCGGAUCCCUUUUAACAAGUUUGUUCAUCUGGUGGUCUUGGAUCUUGAAGGCUGGGAGAAGUUGGACAAUGAUGAUCUGGUGGAGAUAUGCAGCAGCAAAUUCUUUCUGCUCAAGUAUCUGAGUGUCAGAAACACCCGGGUCAGCAAGCUGCCACAACAGAUCGCUAAGCUGGAGUGCCUUGAGACUUUGGAUAUAAGUCACACACAGAUAAGCGAACUCCCAUUUGAAGUGUUGGAGCUGCCAGAGCUACGGGCCUUAGACCUAAGAAGCACACAAGUAAGGUGCCUGUCCAGAUAUGAGACUUCUCGGCUGCCCGGCUUGAGGCAUCUCCUCAUUAAUGGUGACACACCGGAUGAAACAGUGACAGCCGUGGCAGAGGAUAUUGUGGAUUGGAGGUUCUUAGAGACACUAGAAACUGUUGAUUUAAACAAAUGCUCCACGAGCUUUAUCCAAGAACUUGCUAAGCUUCGAUUCCUAGAGGUGCUUGCAGUCACCUGGUCUUUCCGCCAGUGCUACGAUGAGGAAUACCAAAGAGCUUUACGAUUAGCUAUCCAAAGAUCAGUCUGCCUCAAGUCCCUGACGAUUCACUGUGAAGUGGGUUGCUCCAUGGAGUUUCUGGAUUCACUGCCUGAUGCCCCUCAGAGCCUGCAGCAUCUCAGGAUAACCGCAAGGUUUCUAACUGUACCCAAAUGGAUCGAAGGGCUGAACCACCUUGUUUUCUUGGAUAUCAUAGUCUGCAAGUUAGCUCCUCAUGAUAUAAAUCUAUUGGGGAGUUUGGAAAGUUUGGAGAGACUUGUGCUAUACUUGGAUUUCCUUCCAGAGGAAGUCAUAUCUAUUGGACAUGAGGGGUUUCAUCAGCUGCAGAGGCUCUCUGUCCAUUGCCGGGUGCCAUGGCUGGAUUUCAGCAUAGGAGCCAUGCCAAGGCUAACAGACCUUGAUCUCAUACUUUCCACUGGCCCUGUCGGUAAGGAGAGCAAGCCAUCAGGUAUCUCCAACCUGCUGGGCCUGGAGCAAGUGACCCUCCGCUACGACCCCUGGUACAUCAACAGUCGCAGCGUUAAGGCAACACUAGGCACUAUGAGGAGCCAGAUUGCAGACCUUGGGCAUACGAUUAAACUUGUGAACAACGGCGUUGAAGAGGACGUGGGAACAAUCCUUGCAGAAAUGUGCAACAAGCAGUUAUGCUUCCAAUAA